AUGUUCUAUGAACAACACAAAACAAAUUCACGGUCACAUAUGUCGCGUAUAUAUAGACAGCAAACUACAACCGCGAGGUUAGGCGAAGAGUAACAAAUUUUGCUGUAAAAAUGGAACUUCUACAAAAGAUACUCCUCGGCACUUUAGCUGUGUGUCUGUUUUCCAGGUGUGCAGCCGUUGUGCCGCAUUCAUUCGAGUGUCCCGGAGUCGGGACAUUCCCGGAUCCAACGGACUGCCACAACUUCUACACGUGUGACAGCAGCCUGGUACCGAACCUCGGAACUUGCAUGGACGGUACUGGAACUUACGAAGCCGAAAGUCAGGUGUGCAGGGUGGCGUCAUGCUCCGGUGCUCCGGAACCAUCUGUUACCGAAGCUCCCGCAUUCAUGUGCCCCUCCGUAGGGCUGUUCGCGGACCCCAAAGACUGCCACAACUAUUACAGCUGUGGAGAAGACCUAAUUCCUGUGAUUGGGACAUGCCUGAAAGGUGAAGGCACAUUUGAUGCCGUCCAAAGGGUGUGUCUAGCUGAACACUGUUCGAACCCCGAAAUAUUUAAAUGCCCAUCAAGUGGAUUCUUCGCCGAUCCAGAAGAUUGCCACAGUUUUUACGUAUGUGACGACGAUUUGACUGGACUUCAUAGCAGCUGCACUACAAUCGCCCGCUUCGAUCCUGAGCGUAUUUGUAUUGUAGGGCCUUGUCUUCAAGACCCCGAUGAGACAACAUCAGCCCCGAAUACAGAAACUGACCCUGCUUUCAUAUGCACAGCUCAGGGUUACUUUGCGGACCCAAAAGACUGUCACAGUUAUUACUGGUGUGACAUUAGUCUAAAUGCACUCCACCGUGUGUGUAUGGGCGGAGGUGGAUAUUACGACCCAGAUGAUGAAGGAUGUUAUGCUGGGUCUUGUUAGUGGGCCGGAAGAAGAGAAAUGGCUAGAACCUCCAUUUCAGAAACAA